CAUGUUGUCGAAGGGGAUCACAGAGGCAACAGCAGCAGAGCAACAAGUCUAACUUUUACAUCAAGAGCCGCACACUGGACGCACGAGUCGUUCCAUUGCCAGGAUCAAAGGAACCGUAGUGUUUCAUGCGUGGAGAGUGCAUAUUAUUUCAUUACGAUCUAGAAAACAUGAACUUGAACUGCGAGUUGCUAUUUGAAUUCAGCAUCUACAGGGAUUAUUGAGGUGGAACAUGGCGAGGGGGGUGAAGGGAGCUCAUUCCGACGCUUUAUUAUGUACUUUUACGCUCUUGCUUUGGGGGGACGUUUACGCGCAAGUGUCUUUUAACGAAAUAACGGGGUUUAGUUUGAGUCCUCCGUACUUCAACCUCGCGGAGGGGUCACGGAUCUCCGCCACAGCAACGUGCGGUCAAGAUGAAACGGGGAGACCGAGAUCUGAUUUGUACUGUAAACUUGUCGGAGGACCUACAUUCGGACUUCCUAGUCAAACCAUACAGGGACAGUAUUGUGACCGAUGCAACUCCAACGAGCCUAACAAGGCCCACCCGGUGAGCAACGCAAUCGAUGGCACCGAGCGCUGGUGGCAGAGCCCACCUCUCUCCCGUGGACCCAUGUACAAUGAGGUUAACGUCACCUUGGACCUCGGACAGCUCUUCCAUGUGGCCUACGUCCUGAUCAAGUUUGCCAACGCCCCGCGGCCUGACCUGUGGGUCCUGGAGCGCUCCCUGGACCAUGGGAAAACAUACGCUUCAUGGCAGUACUUUGCUCAUUCUGAAAGGGAGUGCAUUGAGAGGUUUGGCAAACAACCGAAUGGACGCAUAGUUGGAGAUGACGACCAGAUCUGCACCACAGAGUACUCUAAAACUGUCCCAUUGGAGAACGGAGAGAUUGUGGUGUCCCUGGUCAACGGUCGCCCGGGCUCUAAGAACUUCAGCUAUUCUCCAGUGCUGAAAGAUUUCACCAAAGCCACGAACAUCCGCCUGCACUUCCUCAGGACCAGCACUCUGUUGGGGCACCUCAUCUCCAAGGCCCAGAGGGACCCCACUGUCACACGCAGGUAUUACUACAGCAUCAAAGACAUCAGUGUCGGGGGACGCUGCGUUUGUCACGGCCAUGCACAGGUGUGUGGGGGACGUAACCAAGGCAACCCGAAUCGGCUGCAGUGCGAGUGCAAACACAACACUUGUGGUGAGUCAUGUGAUCGUUGCUGUCCAGGGUUCAACCAGAAGCCAUGGCGGGUGGCGACGACAGACAGCCCCAACGAGUGCCAACCCUGCCAGUGCCAUUCACAUGCCACUGAGUGUUAUUAUGACCCAGAGGUGGAGCAGAGGACAGCAAGUUUAGACACCUUCGGCAGUUACAACGGCGGAGGAGUGUGCAUCAACUGCCAGCACAACACGGCGGGGGUGAACUGUGAGCUUUGUGCUGAUGGAUUCUACAGACCCCAUGGAGUACCUCCACAGUCUCACAGUGGCUGUAUACCCUGCAGGUGUGAUGCCAGGACGACUGCUGCUUGUGAGAUGGGGACAGGACGCUGCCGAUGCCGGGCAGAAUUCACGGGAAACAACUGUGAACGCUGUGCAGAUGGUUACUAUGGCUACCCACAGUGCAUCAGAUAUCCAAUCUACCAGCCCACCACUAAAUCUCCUGCCGGCCAUAUAGUGGGGCCCACUGCCUGCCCUCCUGGUUAUUUCGGACCACCCAGCUGUCAACAGUGUUUGUGUGACCGACGUGGAUCAGUUCUGGAGCUGUGUGAUGCGUCAGGGCGCUGCGUGUGCCGUGAAGGGGUGGAAGGCCAGCGAUGUGACCGCUGUCGACCAGGACAUCACACCUUCCCUAACUGCCAAAUGACAGUGUGUCGUUGUGAUGGUGCAGGUGUGACUGACAGACUCUGCGGGCCCAACGGACAGUGCCGUUGCCGUGCCAACUACAUAGGACGGCAAUGUGAUCAGUGUGCCCCUGGUUACUAUGGAUAUCCAGAAUGUUCCUUCUGCCAGUGUUCUGGGGAGGGUUCCUAUGACCCCAUGUGUAACCCAGUAUCAGGCCAGUGUCUGUGUCGCCCUGGGGUGGUGGGCCAGCAGUGUGAUCGUUGUGCUGGGUCAGGCCUCCGCUUUCCCCAAUGUUCAGGUGCGACUGACAGAGUCUGCGGGCCCAACAGACAGUGCCAUUGCCGUGCCAACUACGUGGGACAGCAAUGUGACCAGUGUGCCCCCGGUUACUAUGGAUACCCAGACUGUGUCUCCUCUAUCAGCCAGUGUAACCCAGCAGGGUCAGAGGUCACCACAGCAGAUCCACAAACGGGUUCCUGUGGCUGCCUGCCCAAUGUGGAUGGAACCCUGUGUGAUACAUGUAAACCGCUCCACUGGAACCUAGCAACAGAGAACCCCAGCGGCUGUAUAGAGUGUCACUGUGAUGUCAAAGGGACCCUAAGUGGGGUAGGAGAGUGUCAACAGAAAAGUGGGCAGUGUUUCUGCAAGCCCAACGUGUGCAGCCAUACCUGUGACACAUGCACGGAGGGCUACUACCUGCUGCAGAAGAGGAACUAUUUUGGCUGUCAAGGCUGCCAGUGUGAUGUGGGUGGGGCCAUCAGCAGAGGCUGUGACGGGAUGUCUGGACAGUGCCAGUGUCGGAAGAACAUAGUGGGCCGCACCUGCAAUGAGCCAGCACCUAACUACUUCUUCCCCAGCCUGCACCACCUGAGGUAUGAGGUGGAGGAUGGCAUCACCCCUAACGCCAGGCCUGUACGCUUUGGCUACGACCCCAAGGAGUUCCCGGAAUUCAGUUGGAGAGGAUACGCCAUCAUGUCCCCAGCACAGCCAGAGGUGAUCCUAUCGCUAGCUGUGGGUUUCCCCGGCCCCUUCCACAUAGUGUUUCGCUACAUCACCACUACCCCCCUCAGGCCCACACAGGGUUGGCGGCACAGGGGGCGAGUCCGAGCCAGGAUCUUGGUGGUGGACGAGUCUGGUUUUCACUCUUGCUGUGACUGGUCAGGUCAGAGUAAGGAAGUGGUGUUUCCUCCAAGCUCCUCCCCUGCCUACCUCACAGUCCCUGGCGAUGGCUUCGCUGAGCUCUUCUCUCUAACCCCUGGGAAAUGGAUCAUACGCAUCCGGGCAGAGGGCCUUCUACUGGACUACUUGGUGCUGCUGCCAAGUGAUUACUACGAGGCUCCCGUCCUCCAGGAGAAGAUCACUCAGCCCUGCACGUACACAUCCACCGCCAACAGAGACGCAAACUGUCUGUUGUAUAAGCAUGUGGCGAUGGACAGGUUGAGCUCUGUGCUGGGCUCUCAGGGCCUGUUCUCCAGCCGGAGGAGACGCAGGAGCAGACAGGCUCGUGUCCACCGGCCCACCCCAGACCACCCUGACAUGGCCUCUCUCACCGGGAGACAGGCCCAGUUACAGCUGAACCUGCGUGUGUCUCGCCCCGGUCCCUACAUCCUGGUCCUGGAGUAUGCCAGCGAGGUGGACAUGGUCCAGAACAUCAACCUCAUCAUCACUGGCCAAUCAGAGAGCCAGAUCCAGGCCAGAGCCAACAUCUACAGCUGCCAAUUCAGCUUCCUGUGUCGGAGUGUGGCAGUAGAUGGAAUAAAUCGCAUGGCAGUGUUCCAGCUUACCCAUAAGGCCGAGCUCCUUCUCCAGUCCUCCACAGCCUCACUGCUGCUGUAUAAAGUGUAUGCAGUGCCUGCAGAGGAGUUCUCCAUGGAGUAUGUGAACCCCAAGGUGCUUUGUGUAUCUAUCCAUGGACGCUUCACUGAGGACAGUCAGUACUGUGUUCCCAGCCAGUAUGACAGGCCCUCCUCAGCUCUAGUUCUGGACGCAGCUCGUGAUGGGCGCCUCUCCUCCCACCAGGUCGUCCCCCAGCAGAGGGAGAUUGAGGAGUGGAGACAGAGACGACAGUCAGGGGCAGGGGGAUUCCCUCUCCCUGGAGUUCAGAGUGAAGGGGUACUACUAAAAUCUCCCCAGACUGAGAUCAGUUUCAGUGCCAGAGUGGAAGCUCCUGGCAGGUAUGUGUUUGUGGUUCACUACUGCCAACCUGAACACACCACCUUCCCUGUAGAGGUGCGGGUGGAGGCUGGACGCACCUGGACUGGCUUUGUAAACGCCUCCUUCUGCCCUGGUGUCUCUUGCUGCAGGAAGGUGGUCAUCGCUGAGAGGCGCAUUGCUCUGGACCUUCCCCAGCAAGACGUUGCCAUCUCUCUCAAGGUUCCACCCGGGAAGACUCUCACUCUGGAUUAUAUCUUGGUGGUUACUGAUGAUAGCUACACCCCUGAUUUACUGAAAGAGAAGCCACUGGAUAAGUCAUCUGAUUUCGCCAGACAGUGUGAAGGUCAAGGCUUUUAUAUAGACCCCAGAACCUCCUCCCAGUUCUGCCAAGUCUCGACUCGCUCCCUGGUAGCAGCCUACAGUGAUGGGGCCCUGCCUUGCUACUGUGAUAAGUCAGGAGCCACGGGGCCCACCUGUAACCCUGUAGGGGGCCAGUGUCCCUGUCGGCCCCAUGUCAUCGGUCGACAGUGUACACGAUGCGCCACAGGAUACUACGGCUUCCCUUACUGCAAACCCUGUGAGUGUGGCCAGCGGCUGUGCCACGAGGUGACAGGUCAGUGUAUCUGCCCGCCCCAGACAGUGAAGCCAACCUGUGAUGUGUGUGAGAGCCAGACGUUCAGCUACCACCCUCUAGUGGGCUGUGAGGGCUGUGACUGCUCCCCUAGCGGAGUCAGGCCCAACGCAGGGAGAGACUGUGACCGCGACACCGGACAGUGCAUAUGUAAGCCCAGGAUCGGGGGGCGCCAGUGUGACCGGUGCGCUGCAGGUUUCUACAGGUUCCCUGAGUGUCUCCCAUGUAGCUGUAACCAGGGAGGGGUCACAACAGACGUCUGCCACCCUGACACAGGACAGUGCCUCUGCAAGAGAAACGUCCAGGGAGCCCGCUGUGAUGCCUGUAGAGACGGGUCCUUCCACUUUGACCCCUCCCACCCCAGGGGCUGCAUGAGCUGCUUCUGCUUUGGAGCCAACAGCCAGUGUCAGAGCACCCACAAACGCAGGGGGAAGUUUGUGGACAUGCGUGGCUGGCGUCUGGAGAGGGCUGACCAGGAGGAGGUGGCAUCAGUCCUCAACCCAUCCAGUAACACAGUGGUAGCAGACAUACAGGAGCUGCCUGGCACUACUCAGCUCCUCCACUGGGUGGCGCCUCCAUCCUACCUGGGAGACAGGGUGUCUUCCUAUGGGGGCUACCUGACCUACCAGGCCAAGUCAUUUGGGAUUCCUAGUGAGGGGAUGUCUUUGCUGGACCGCAGACCUGAUGUCUUGCUCAGUGGCAAGGAGAUGGCCCUGGUCCACAUGGCCCCAAAGACCCCCGAACCAGACAGACUCCACCAGGGCAGAGUCCAGCUAGUGGAGGGGAACUGGCGUCACGCCGACACCAACCGGCCUGUGUCCAGGGAGGAUCUGAUGGUGGUCCUGGCUGGGCUGGUGGAUAUGAGGGUGCAGGCUCUUUACUUCACCCAGAGCCAGAGACUCAGUCUGGGGGAGGUAGGCCUGGAGGAGGCUACAGACACGGGGGCCGGGGGCCCUGCCAGCACCGUGGAGCAGUGUGCCUGUUCCCCUCUCUACAGAGGAGACUCCUGCCAGAAAUGUGCCACUGGUUACUAUAGAGACGGCAGUGGGCCCUACCUGGGUCGCUGUGUGCCCUGCUCCUGUAACGGCCUGGCCAACGAGUGUGACGAGAGGACUGGGAGGUGCCUGAACUGCCAAUACAACACGGCUGGAGACAGAUGUGAGCGCUGCAAAGAGGGUUACUAUGGAGAUGCUGCCCAGAGGUCAUGCCGGGUGUGCCCGUGCCCCUUCAGUGUGCCGGCUAACAGUUUUGCAGUGGGUUGCAGAGAGGCUGCUGGAGGGUUCCAGUGUGUUUGUAAACAAGGCUACGCAGGAGACCGGUGUGAACGAUGUGCCCCUGGUUACUACGGUGAUCCAUCGACAGCUGGAGGAAGCUGCAGGCCUUGUGACUGUAACGGCAAUGGAAACAACUGUGACUCCAGGACUGGGGUGUGCAAGAACACUUUGGAGCCAGGGGACACUAACACUGAUGAGCAGUGCCAAGAGUGUGAUAACUGCGCCAAGACCUUAAUAAAUGACCUGCAGCGUCUGGAUGAGGAGCUGGGCAGGAUUAAGAUUCAGCUGGAUAGCGCCAGUAUCUCCGCCUCCUCUCAGGACAGGCUCAGGAAGCUGGAAAAUGCCAUCACAGAGACCAAGUCUCUGGUGAACAAGUUCAGUUCCAGUGUGAACAGUCAGAAGCCCAAGGUUAGCCAACUAGAGCAGGACACUCUCAGUGUCAACGAGGAUAUCAACGCUCUCAAAGGCAAGGCAGAUGACAGGGCUGUGGAUGCCCAGAGAGUCCUGGAGGAUGUGGGUAAGACUCAUCUGAGAGCUAACGACCUGGAUACUGAAGCUAAGAAUCUGCUCAAGAAGAUCCUGGCCCUGCUACAGCAGCUGAACGAGUCUGGUUCCAGUGGUGGUGUGGUGCCCAGUGAGAACCUGGCUAAGAUGUUAUCUGAGGCGGAAAGCAUGGUGAAGGAGAUGGAGAAGAGGAACUUCAACCCACAAAAAGACGCAGCUGAGAAAGAGAGUGAUGAGGCACAGAAACUGCUGGACUACAUCAAGGCCAAUGUGACGAAGCAGUAUGAUCAGAAUGAGGCAGCAGCCAAGAGGGUGAAGGGUCUGCUGAAGGACUAUGCAGCUAAAUUGAAGGAUCUGGAGGAGGCGCUGAAACAGGCUGGGGACAUGGUGAAGAAAGCCAACUCUCAGAAUGGACUCAACACCGAGGCACUGGAAGACAUCCUGAAACAUAUGGAAGAUCUGAGGAAAGAGCAUAAGAAGGUCCAGGACCAGAUAGCCAUGGCAGAAGAUCAGUUGAAGGAUACAAAGGACCUCCUUAGAAUGUUGGAUGACAGCAAGACAGAGUAUGAACAGCUAGCUGCCCAACUGGAUGGGGCCAGGACUGACCUCACCAAGAAAGGCAACGCUAUGUCCCAGGCCGCGGCCAAAGAGGACAUUGUGGAGCGAGCAGAGAAACAUGCUGAGAACCUGGCCAAGCUGGCCAAGGAACUACAGGAUGCUGUGAGGGACUCGAGUGGCCGCUCUGAUGUGCGUGAUGCCAUGGACGCCAUUAAGGCCUACAAGAACAUCACAGAUGCAGUCAACGCUGCAGAGAAGGCAGCCAAGGAGGCCAAGGAUGCAGCUGACAAGGCCCUAAAGGAUGUGAAGAAAGAGGACCUGACAAAGAGAGCUAAGAAUCUGAAAGACAGCGGGAACGACCUACUGAGGGAAGCAGGGGAUGCAGAACAAGAUCUCAAAGAGGCCUCUGAUCACCUCACAGCCCAGAAGAAACACCUGAAGGACGCAGAGAAGAAGAAGAAAGCAUUGGAGAAGGACCUCAUGGACGCUCAGGCAGAGCUGAACAACAUCAUGAGAGAUGACAUAGGAGACAUGUUGGACGAGGCGAAGAGCAAGGCAGCGUCAGCCAAUGAUACGGCUAGCACCACCAUGGACAGACUGAAUGCCAUCAGAGAGGAAGUGGAUAAGAUCAACGUCAUGCCCUCCGACUCCAACCUCAGCAGCGUCAUGGAUGAUGUGAACAAGUCAGUGAAGAAUCUGUUGAACACAAUCCCGUCUCUGCAGGAUAAGAUCUCAGAGGUGGAAGAGCUCAGCUCUCAGCUGUCCCCCGUCACCAACAUCUCAGAGAACAUCAAGAGGAUCAAGGAGCUGAUCGAGCAGUCUAGAGACGCAGCCAACAGGAUUGUGGUCCCUAUGAAGUUCAGUGGUGAGGGCCAUGUGGAGAUGCGUCCCCCCAGGGACAUGGAGGACCUGAAGGCAUACACUGCCCUGUCCCUGUCCUUGCAGAGACCAGUGAACCCCGACAUCGGCAGAGGGGAUGGAACACGCAGACGCAGACAGGACAGCACCACCACAGACAAGGGAGACAUGUUCGUACUGUACCUCGGCAACAAAGACUCAUCUAAAGACUACAUUGGCAUGGCCCUGAGGAAGAAUGUGCUGUUCUGUGUGUACAAGCUGAGCGGAGAAGAGUAUGAGAUCAAGACAGACUACAUCACUAGGUCUCCCUCUGAGCCUGCAUUCUUUGACAAGGUGGACCUGCACAGAAUUUACCAAGACGCACAGGUGAUCCUCACCAAACUUUUCACAUCUAAUGACCCAGACCCUCCUCAGACCAGCAGUAAGCAGGGAGAGCUGACCAGGAACCUUCUAAACCUGAACCAUAGUGACGUGGUCUUCUAUGUCGGGGGCUAUCCCUCCAACUUCACUCCUCCAGCCUCCCUCAACUACCCAAACUAUAAAGGAUGCAUCGAGCUGUCCACCUUCAACGACAGAUUCAUCAGUCUGUACAACUUUAAGAAGGCUGUCAAGAUCAACCUGGAGACUCCAUGCAAGAGGUAUAUGCAGCCAGUGGUGUUUGACUACUUCGAGGGGACUGGCUAUGCCAAGGUGUCCACCCAAGGUGUCAUGGCGUCCACCCUCCUCCUGACCCAGACCAUCUCCACUCGCUCAGAGAAUGGGCUUCUCCUCUACAUUGGAAAUGAGUACAACUACUACAGUGUGACGUUUGAGAGAGGCUACGUUGUCAUCCACAGUAACCUGCUCAGAGAACCAGCACGAAGCACCACCAAAGUCUUCCCGGUGGAUGCAGAUUCGGCAGAAGUGUUGAUCAUCAUGGAGUCUAAAGGAAGCCAAGAGAUGAAGAUCCGUGUAGCAGGAAAUGAGGUGGUCAAGACUAAUGUCCAGUACACCCCUGGAGACUACACAGACUACUACAUCGGUGGCCUACCACAAGCCCUGAGAGAAAGACACCACAUCACCGCCCAGCCACUGAAGGGCUGCAUGAAGAACGUCAAGCUCAACAGCAAGUACCCCACCUUCCAGGAAAAAGUGGGCAUCAGCCGGGGCUGUCCCAAGGACUUCCUGGCAUCUCGUAAAGCAGAGUUCAACGUGGGCAGUUCUCUGUCAGCUACUCUUGAAGGCUUCAGCUUGGCCAAUGAUACCACAGUCUCACUGGGAUUCAAGAGCUCUGAGAAAGAGGGUCUUCUACUGCAGAACACCGAGUCGAGCAUUGGUGCCAUCGAACUUGCCUUGGUUGACGGCUACGUGGUUCUGACAUUCAAAGACGAAGUUUGGAAAUCUUUGAAAUCAAGCAAGCAGUACCAGGAUGGCAAAUGGCAUUACCUGACUGCCACCAGGAGAGUGUCUCCUCAAAGUAUCGAGCUCCGGAUAGAUGAGGAUGAUUUGGGAGGGCAGAUAACCUCAGGUUCCUUCAGUUCAAACCCAGACUCUGUGUUCCUGGGGAAAGACACCUUCAAAGGCUGCAUCUCCAACCUCUACCUGAGAAGGCCUGCCUCUCUGUACAGAGCAGAGGACCUGAGUCAGUUCAGCUCUACAGGAGAUGUGCUGCUGGAUAUGUGUAGUGCUGACAGACCUCCACAACUGAUGCUCGACCGCAACACCUCCAGGAAGGAUGGUGUUAUUGAGGUGUCAGAUGACAGUCUCUAUGUGUGUGCACACCCUGCCCUGGUCGAACAUGCUUACCACAUUGGGGGCACUAUGAGUAGCCUGAGCUAUAGCCUCACUCCCCAGGCACUCCAGCCCAGACCUAAUUUCUCCCUGGACGUGAGGACCAAGUCUGCCAAAGGCCUGUUGUUCUAUGCAGCCACCAGAGGGGGGAGCUCUCACGUGGCUCUCUACCUGUCCAAGGGCAGGAUCAGACUGUCAGUAGACAAGAGUAGGAAGAUCUUCAACAGGGAGAAGUACAACGAUGGAAAGUGGCACUCGGUAACAUUCAGCCUAGAGAAGAAGAAGUUCCGGUUGGUAGUGGAUGGUCUCAGGGCUCAGGAUGGAAAGCUGACCAGUGAUGAGUCCACCUCCAUGGAAUUGAUCUCUCCUCUUUACAUGGGAAGUGCUCCUGAUUCCUUGAACAAAGAACUGAAGUGGAAGCGCCUCCCAAAGCAACGUGUGAUUGGCUGUGUGCGUAACUUCAAGAUGAAUGGCACUCCCAUGCCAGAACCAACCACCAAUCAUGGUGCUGGUCCCUGCUUUGACGGACAGGCACAGAGUGGGGCCUACUUCUCAGGAAGAGGGGCAUAUGUCAUUAUCAAUGAUUCCUUUGUGGUGGGCUCCAGCUUUGAGGUGGUGUUUGACAUCCGUCCCAGGAGUCUGACUGGUGUUCUGCUCCAUGCGGGGGACUCCAGCAGGCCUCGCCGUGGGCCCAACACUGGACACCACCUCAGCCUCUACAUGCACAGAGGCGAGGUGGUGGCACGGGUGAACAAUGGAGGAGGUGAAUUCAACGUGUCCGUCCGGCCCAAGCAGCCCUUGUGUGACGGAAUGUUCCACAGAGUUGCAGUGAUCAAGAGGAACAAUGUUGUGGAGAUGCAUGUGGACACCGAGGGUGACCACAAAAUAGGACCGUCCUCCUCGUCCUCUGCUCUAACCAAAGACCCUCUAUAUGUAGGCGGCAUUCCAGAGACGUCCAUGCACCUGACCCUCCCUGUCACAGGGUCCUUCGAGGGCUGCAUCCAGAACAUGAAGAUCAACGAGGACCCGGUUUCCUUUGAGAAGCACUCUGGGGUGUUCGGUCCAGUCAACCUCAGAGAGUGUCCUGCUGAGUAGAGUCUAGUCCACGACCACAUCCUGUGAUGUUCACUGUCUACUGGCCGCCACGUGCAAUCUAAUCUAAAGACAGAGAAUAUGUAUGUAUGUGUGUGUGUGUGUGUGUGUGUGUGUGUGUGUGUGUGUGUGUGUGUGUGUGUGUGUGUGUGUGUGUGUGUGUGUGUGUGUACGCACUCACAUUUGUGUUGAUAGGUAUACGAGCGGCUCAGAGAUUCAUGUAUGUUGCUCUGUAUGAGGAAACUAAAGAUAAAGAGAGAUGAGCUAGUCUGUAGUGUUACACUAUAGUAUAUUUAUUUUGUGAUAAAUGUGUUCAUUAUCACCAUCUUGUUAUUGAAUAUAUUCUAAUAUUCUAAUGUUGUACCAUCUGGGUUAGACAUGUCUGUUUCCCCCCAUUAGGCUCUUCCUUUGUACUUCCUGUCCUCCUCCCCCAUAGUAUUGUUACGCUCAUCGUUGGAAGGAGUAGACCAAGGUGCAGCGUGGUAGGCGUACAUCUUUCUUUUAUUGAUGACACCGAAAAAACAACAAAUACAAACCGAAACGCACAGUUCUGUAGUGCUGGAAAGCAACAGUACAAAAACAAGAUCCCACACUAUACAGGUGGAAAAAGGCUGCCUAAGUAUGAUCCCCAAUCAGAGACAACGAUAGACAGCUGCCUCUGAUUGGGAACCA